AUGAAGCUGGUGAAGAAUCCGUGUUUGCGUUUGACAGCUCUCCGCCGCUGCCACGCCGCGUCCUCUUCUACAGCCGCCGCUGCCACCGACUUCGAUUGCGAUGGUGGCGUGGGCACCCGGAGCGACGUGAAACACCAGAAACCCUCUAGCAAUGCCUCACCUCGCCACCUUAAAUACCAGCUCUAUUCCCUGCUCGGUUCCGCCUCUCCCGGCCGCCUCUCCGCCGCCUUGUCUAUCGUCCGCGGUAUGCUUCCCCCCGACUCCACUUCCCCUCCUGACGCCGCCACUCGGUCGAUCGUUUUCUCCGGCCUGGCUAAGCGAAGCCAGCCCCUGAACGAGGAGUCCCUCGCCCUCCUCGUCGAGAUGGCCAAGAUGGGACUUUUUCCGCACGACGCCAUCCUGUUCAGUCAGUUCAUCACCAAGCUGUGCCGCUGCGGCGCCACCUCCGGGGCCUGGGAUUUCUUUCACGCGGUAAAGGAUGCUGGCGGCUCCUUCGAGGCCUCUGUGUGCAACGCCCUCUUGACUGGCCUCGCUGCAAUUCAAGACUUCACAAGGAUGAAUCUUCUGUUUUCAGAGAUGAAAGGCUUGGGCGUGCGCCCUAACGUAUUCACCUUCGGUAUACUCAUCAAUAGCCUAUGCAAAUCCCGUCGCAUCGACGAUGCACUGAACGUGCUCGACGCAAUGUCAAGCCCAGAUUCAGGGGUCACCCCUGGCACAAUCAUUUUUAACACUGUCAUCGAUGGGCUCUGCAAGGCAGGAAGGCUUCAGGAUGGUCUCUCCUUGCUUGAUAGGAUGAAAUCAAGCCAUGCUUGUGAUCCUGACAGUGUGACUUACACCAGCUUGAUUGAUGCUUUCUGCAAGGCUGGUGAUUUUUCAAAGGUUGAUAAAUUCCUCAAGGAAAUGGUCGACGAAGGAUGCAAACCUAACGUUGUGACUUAUGGAACUCUGAUCAAUGGUUACUGCAAAUCUGGUGAUCUUGAGCAGGCCAUGAAAAUCUUUAAGAGCAUGGAUGUGUCAAUGGUGCCGGCCAACACUGUUAUUUAUACUACCCUCAUUGAUUCUUAUUGUAAGAAUCAAAAAGUUGAUGCAGCAAUAUACCUCUUCGAUGAGAUGCAGGAAAAAGAUAUAUUGCCCAACGUCAGGACCUACACUGCUAUUUUCAAGGGUCUUAAGAACCAUAACAUGUCUGAUAAAGCCUUCGAGCUUAUGGACAAGAUGAAUUUGCAGGGAUGCAAACCAGACUAUGUGGCAAUGGUUCUUCUUACAGGAUGGUUAACUGUGAUCGGUGAGACGGAGAGACUGAGACUAUUUGUGCAACGGACGACAUCUUCUAAUAUCGACUCGGGCAAUCCUGAUGUUUAA